CUGGGGGCAGCCAAGGGGAGGAGCCCCAAGGGAGGCUGUAUAUAUGGGGCUGGGGCUCUGGGGCUGGGGCAGUGUGGACGGAACAAUGGCUUCACCCACAGCCACAUGCGUCCUGGCCUGGGCCCUGGCACUGCUCUGGGAGGGGACCCAAGGUGCGGACCCUGCCCCCUGCUUCUUCCCCUUCACCUACAAGGGCAAGGUCUACACAGAAUGCACAACCGAGGACAGCAUCUGGUCCAGCAUCUGGUCCAGCCCCUGGUGCGCCACCACCACCAGCUACGACCGGGACAAGGCCUACAGGUUCUGCUCCAAGGAGGCCUACAGCGGGAACGCGGGCGGCGAGCCCUGCUUCUUCCCCUUCGUGUACAGGGGCCGCACCUCCCACACCUGCAUCACGGAGCAGAGCUACGGGGUCCAGCCCUGGUGCUCCACCACAGCGAACUACGACACGGAUGGUCGCUGGAGCUCCUGCCCUGACACAUUGCUUGGGGGGAACUCGGAGGAGCCCUGUACAUUCCCGUUCUGGUACAAAGGCAGGAGGUACACAGGUUGCACCAUGGAUGACAGCAAGCGGCCCUGGUGUGCCACCACAAGGAACUACGAUGCGGACCAUAAAUGGAGGUACUGCGGCACAGCAGCGGGGGGGGGAAGUUCGGAGAGCUCCCCUUGCGUCUUCCCCUUCAUCUAUAAGGGCACUACCUACCACAGCUGUACGGCAGUCGAUGACAAGAUGGGACGGCCCUGGUGUGCUACCACUCCCAACUACGACAAAGACCAUCUCUGGCGCUUCUGCUUGAGCGAGGCCUACGGGGGGAACUCCAAUGGCCAACGUUGCACGUUUCCUUUCGUCUACAAAAAACAGCUAUUUCACACCUGCACCAACGCUGGAGACAAGAUGGGACAUUUCUGGUGCGCUACAAGCCAGAACUACGACCGGAAUAAGCUGUGGAGCUACUGCCCCGAUACCAGUAAUGUAUCCAGUCUGCUUCUUCUGGGUGGGAACGCGCCAGGAAAGAGCUGUGUGUUCCCCUUCGUCUAUAACAAACAAGUGCACUACACCUGCAUCAGCGACGGGGAGAGCUCGGAAAAACUGUGGUGCAGCACCACCCGGAAUUACGACGUGGACAAGAAGUGGACUUACUGCUCCAAGCCAGACUACGACCGCCCCUCCCACGACAAGCUCUGUGUCUUCCCCUUCAUCUACAAGAAGUUUAAAUUCCACACCUGCACCAACCUGGCGGAGGCCAACGGGAAGUUCUGGUGUUCCAGCACAGACAACUACGACCAGGACCAUCAGUGGAGCUACUGCCCUGCCUGAGACAGGUGACAGCCCCAGAGCCGGGAGGAGACAGAACGAUGACAUUCGAAAUUAAAUGAAAGGAAUGAGCCCCGCUCUGGACACCUCUGGUCUCCCAACAAAGAUCGCUUCUGAUCAACGGAUGCCAGUGGCAUAAUCAGCCUUGAAUCCAAAUCUAAAUGUGCUCAUUUCUCUAGUUGAUUUUAGUAAAUUCAAAUAAAGCAUCUUCUGAAACAC